AUGUUCGCGAGUUAUUGCAUGUCCCUUGCGUCCGAUCCGAUGCUGGCUCCGGCGCCGCAGCGGGUCGUUCGUAAAAUUUCGCCGCCACUUUCGGCAUCCGCGUACUACGCUCAUCAGACAACGCGGCGGCGCCGAAGCGGUGAAGGCGGCGGUGAUGAGAGCAGGGUUCGUCGUCAAACCAGCCUAGUGAACGCCGCUACUUUGAUGAACGCCGUUUUGAGUCGAACCCGGAGUCGUUCUUUCGGAUCCUUUUUCGACGAAAGCGUCGUGGUCAAGGGCUGCAACGGGGUUCAGUACAUUGCUGUUUUGGAGGGAACCCCUUGGCCCGUUGUGCGUGAGAAAAAUUAUGGGCAAAUCGAAACGGACGCCAAGUCGCUCAAUUCCCUGUCCAACAACAGUGGGCACUCGAGGCGCAGUUCGGACACUUCACAGGUGUCGGUUGCCAGCGGCGGGUCUUCCAGCGGACAAAACGGGCCCGACGGCGACGAUGUCGACCGGAAUUCCCAGGACGAGAAUUGGAGUCUCUGGGGACAGAUCGUCAACGACUGGGAGAAUUUCUCCAAGAAGAAAAACCAGCAGCUGCGGGAACUGGUUCGGAAGGGCGUGCCGCAUCAUUUCCGAGGGAUCGUGUGGCAGCUGCUGUGCGGCUCCCACAAUUCGCCGCUGAAGAACAAGUAUGUCCAGUACAUCAAGGCGCCUUCGCCGUGUGAAAAGGUGAUCCGUCGUGAUAUUGCACGCACGUACCCGGAGCACGAUUACUUCAAGGAAAAGGACGGGUUCGGCCAGGAGUCCUUGUUCAACGUGAUGAAGGCGUAUUCGCUGCACGACCGGGAAGUUGGUUAUUGCCAGGGUUCCGCUUUCAUCGUCGGCCUGCUGUUGAUGCAGGUGAGUGAAUAAGA